GAUACGAGUCAAAUAACUGAGUAAUCUUCAAAAUAUGGAUGCUAUAUUUAAAUACUUUUGUUAUCGAAAACUCUGUAGGGUCUAAGGGCGUUUUGAGUUUCUUUAGAUCACGAUAAUUAUCACAUCUAGGCGGAUUACGUUAGCUGACUGCGUGCCGUUAGCUGUUUUAACAUGCGUGAUCAGAUUAUGUUUCUGUUCACUGACAUUUCAUUCAAGAAUAAGAGGACAGCCUCAAGACUACCGCUAUGGCCAUAACUUUGAUCAGUAACGUUACUUUGGACUCAGUGAUUUGAGCUAAAAUGACCAGCUCGCAGUACCUGUGAGUCUACAAGCCCAGUGUCUCAAGAUCCUUUAGAUCUUUCAGAAGAUCUCUCAGCAUAAAUAUCCAGCUUCUAAUUGUAUCACUUGACCUAACCUCAGAGUAGCAGCACAAUGAGUGACUCAAACCGCAAAGAAAAGGAUGCCCUCAACAGUCUGUCUAAUAGAGAUACAAUUGAACUCCCAGAUGAUCUUUCUCUGAGCGACUCUGACUCUGAGGAGCCCACUGAGCAUUUCAGCAGAAAGGUUGAGGACUUGUCAUCGUCCUCAGAGGAUGAAGACGAGACUCCGCAGCAUGUCCAGUCUGUUCCUAAAGAAAAUCCCACCUUCAGACUGACAGGUGGGAGCUCUGGUUUCUGUGAUCGGAGCAGGGGCAUCUUUGCACAGUUGGAUAGUGCUGCAAAGCUCACGUCUAAAGAUCUAGGUGAAGACAACAUCCUUGAUGGCACGUUCGCUCGUCCUGCUCCACCAUCACCUCCACAGGAAGCUCAAAGGAAGUGUGGUGGCCAAGAGACAACCAAAAAACAACCUCCAGGCAAAAAACUCCCUGACUACCUUGCAAACCCUGAGCGCUGGACCCACUACAGUCUUGAAGAUACCGCUGACACCAGUGAUAGAAAGAAUAGUCAGAUCGCUCAUCAGUUUAAACGAGGUCUUCAAGACAGCAGGAGGUCUCAGAAAGAUGUGCUUGAGACUUUCACUCCAGGUUUCAACCAGGAUCAUGGUAGCCCCAGUGAGAAUAAGAUUGUGUUCACUAAACCCAAGAUUAAAGAUCAGAGUGGGAGCAAACUUGAUCAUGCUAAGAAGGAAGAAGUUGAACUUCAACACUUGGAUGACAGACAAGAGGCUGAUGAAGGAGAGGAUGGUCCUCUUCAUCGCCGCUUCAGCUCAUGGGAGAAUAAAGAGAAAAAAAGAAAGUGGAGGACUGAAAUAGAGGAGGAAGACAAAAAGGUGUCCAGUGUUGUCUUCAACGGCAGCAAGAAAGUAAAUCGCAAACACUUCCGUAAAACACUUGAAGAUGAUGGUGUCACAAAGUGAGCACUUUGUACAUAAAUACUUAAAACUACUGUUUUAAUGUUUAUGUUUUUCAAACAUACUAUUUUGUAUAAAGUUGUUUGACUUUCCAUGUAUCUAAGUUUUUGUUGUAUAAUCCAUGAAAAGCUCUUGCUGUCAUACUGUACA